UCCCCACAAGAGAGUUACUAUUUUUGCCGAUGCAGGUUGUUGUCGGUGGAUUUGCUGUUCAAACGAUCAGACUUUGCAGCGUAUGAUGACAUUUUGAUGUCUAACAGACCAUCAUAAAACUUCAAGAGUAAUCAUCUCAACACACUCAAGCAUAUAAUGGAAAUACAAGGCCAAACACAGAGUCCUGGCUCUCUUACUGAAACAUGUGUAAUCGCGGAUGGUGAGAGAGUAUUGCUGGAUCUCAAGAAAUACUCUGCUACUGACACGCUGGAAACAGGUGAUCUCCAGAAAUUCUCUGUUACUGACACGCUGGAAACAGGUGAUCUCCAGAAAUACUCUGUUACUGACACGCUGGAAACAGGUGAUCUCCAGAAAUACUCUGUUACUGACACGCAGGAAACAGGUGAUCUCCAGAAAUACUCUGCUACUGACAUGCUGGAAACAGGUGAUCUCCAGAAACAAUCUGUUAUUGACAUGCUGGAAACAGGUGAUCUCAAGAAACAAUCUGUUACUGACAUGCUGGAAACAGGUGAUCUCAAGAAAUACUCUGUUACUGACACGCUGGAAACAGGUGAUCUCCAGAAACAAUCUGUUACUGACAUGCUGGAAACAGGUGAUCUCCAGAAAUACUCUGUUACUAACACGGUGGAAACAGGUGAUCUCCAGAAAUACUCUGUUACUGACAUGCUGGAAACAGGUGAUCUCCAGAAAUACUCUGCUACUGACACGCUGGAAAAGGGUGAUCUCAAGGAACAAUCUGCUACUGACACGCUGGAAACAGGUGAUCUCAAGAAACAUAAAUCUUGUGGAGGUCAAGCAAAGCAGUCUCAAACGUGUAGUGAGAACGGGAACACAUUCAUUAAAUCAGGUGGUAUGAAAAAGCACACCUUUUGUCACAGUGAAGUCAAGCCUCAUGAGUGUGUUGAAUGUGAGAAAACAUUUAGACAAUCAAGUCAUCUGAAGUCACACAUGAGGAUUCACAGUGGAAUCAAGCCUUAUCAGUGCAUUGUGUGUGAGAAAACAUUUACAGCAUCAGGUACUCUCCAGACACACAUGAGGAUUCACACUGGAAUCAAGCCUUAUAAAUGUGUUGAAUGUGGGAAAGUAUUUACACAGUCAAGUAUCUUGCAGUCACACAUGAGUAUUCACAGUGGAAUCAGGCCUUAUCAGUGCACUGUAUGCGAGAAAACAUUUACAUUUCAAGGUUCUCUGCAGAGACACAAGAGGCUUCACAGUGGAAUCAGGCCUUAUCAGUGCACUGUAUGUGAGAAAACAUUUACAGUUCAAGGUUCUCUGAAGAGUCACAUGAGGACUCACAGUGGAAUCAAACCUUAUCAGUGCAUGGUGUGUGAGAAAACAUUUACUCAUGAAGGUUCUCUCCAGAGACACAUGAGGGUUCACAGUGGAGACAAACCUUAUCAGUGUGUUCAAUGUGAGAAAACUUUUGCAGAAUUAGGUAAUCUGAAGAUCCAUAUGAGGAUUCACAGUGGAAUCAAGCCUUAUCAGUGCAUGGUGUGUGAGAAAAAGUUUGCAGAAUCAAGUUCUCUGAAGACACACAUAAGGAAACACAGUGGAGUUAAGCCUUAUAAGUGUGAGGAAUGUGAGAAAACAUUUACAGGAUCAAGUGCUCUGAAGACACACAUGAUGAUUCACAGUGGAAUCAAGCCGUAUCAGUGUGUUGAAUGUGGGCAAAGAUUCACACAAUCCCAUUCCCUGAGAUCACACAUGAUGAUGCACAGUGGAAUCAGGCCUUAUGAGUGUGUUGAAUGUGAGAAAACAUAUAUACGAUCAAGUCAUCUGAAGAAACACAUGAAGAUUCACAGUGAAAUCAAGCCAUAUCAGUGUAAUCAUCUCAACACACUCAAGCAAAUAAUGGAAAUACAAGGCCAAACACAGAACCCUGGCUCUCUUACUGAAACACGUCUAAUCACGGACGGUGAGAGAGUAUUGCUGGAUCUCAAGAAAUACUCUGCUACUGACACGCUGGAAACAAGUGAUCUCCAGAAACAAUGUGUUGCUGACACGCCGGAUACAGGUGAUCUCCAGAAACAAUCUGUUACUGACACCCCGGAAACAGGUGAUCUCCAGAAACAAUGUGUUGCUGACACGCUGGAAACAGGUGAUCUCCAGAAACAAUCUGUUACUGACACACUGGAAAGAGGUGAUCUCAAGAAACAAUGUGUUGCUGACACGCUGGAAACAAGUGAUCUCCAGAAACAAUGUGUUGCUGACACGCUGGAAACAGGUGAUCUCCAGAAACAAUGUGUUGCUGACACGCCGGAUACAGGUGAUCUCCAGAAACAAUCUGUUACUGACACCCCGGAAACAGGUGAUCUCCAGAAACAAUGUGUUGCUGACACGCUGGAAACAGGUGAUCUCCAGAAACAAUCUGUUACUGACACACUGGAAAGAGGUGAUCUCAAGAAACAAUGUGUUGCUGACACGCUGGAAACAGGUGAUCUCCAGAAACAAUCUGUUACUGACACGCUGGAAACAAGUGAUCUCCAGAAACAAUGUGUUACUGACACGCUGGAAACAGGUGAUCUCCAGAAACAAUGUGUUACUGACACGCUGGAAACAGGUGAUCUCCAGAAACAAUCUGUUGCUGACACACUGGAAAGAGGUGAUCUCAAGAAACAAUCUGUUACUGACACGCUGGAAACAGGUGAUCUCAUGAAACAAUCUGUUGCUGACACACUGGAAACAGGUGAUCUCAAGGAACAGUUUGUUACUGACACGCUGGAAACAGGUGAUCUCAAGGAACAGUUUGUUACUGACACGCUUGAAACAGGUGAUCUCAAGGAACCAUCUGUUACUGACAUACUGGAAACAGGUGAUCUCAAGAAACAAUCUGUUACUGACACGCUGGAAACAGGUGAUCUCAAGGAACCAUCUGUUACUGACACGCUGGAAAUAGGUGAUCUCAAGGAACAGUUUGUUACUGACACGCUGGAAACAGGUGAUCUCAAGGAACAAUCUGUUGCUGACAUGCUGGAAACAGGUGAUCUCAAGAAUCAAUCUGUUGCUGACACACUUGAAACAGGUGAUCUCCAGAAACAUAAAUAUUGUGGGGGUCAGUCUCAAAUGUGUAGUGAGAAAGGGAAAACAUUGAUUAUAUCAGGUGAUAUGAAAAAUGUUUGUCACAUUGAAGUCAAGUCAUGUAAAUGUGUUGUAUGUGGGAAGAUGUUUGCAGAAGCAGGUUCUCUGCAGACACACAUGAGAAUGCAUAGCGGAAUCAAGCAAUAUCAGUGUGUUGAAUGUGAGAAAAGAUUCAUACAAUCACAUUCCCUGAGGUCACACAUGAAGAUUCACAGUGGAAUCAAGCCGUAUCAGUGCAUGGUGUGUGAGAAAACGUUUGCAGGAUCAGGCUCUCUGCAGACACACAUAAGGAUGCACAGUGGAAUCAAGCCUUAUAAGUGUGUUGAAUGUGAGAAAACAUUUAUACAAUCAGGUCACCUGAAGUCACACAUGAAGAUUCACAGUGGAAUCAAGCCGUAUCAGUGCAUGGUGUGUGAGAAAACGUUUGCAGGAUCAGGCUCUCUGCAGACACACAUAAGGAUGCACAGUGGAAUCAAGCCUUAUAAGUGUGUUGAAUGUGAGAAAACAUUUAUACAAUCAAGUCACCUGAAGACACACAUGAAGAUUCACAGUGGAAUCAAGCCGUAUCAGUGCAUGGUGUGUGAGAAAACGUUUUCAGAAUCAUGGUCUCUGCAGACACACAUGAGGAUGCACAGUGGAAUCAAGCCUUAUAAGUGUGUUGAAUGUGAGAAAACAUUUACACAACCAAGUCACCUGAAGAGACACAUGAGGAUUCACAGUGGAAUCAAGUCAUAUCAGUGCAUGGUGUGUGAGAAAAAGUUUGCAGAAUCAGGCACUCUGCAGACACACAUGAGGAUUCACAGUAGAAUCAAGCCGUAUCAGUGUGUUGAAUGUGGGAAAAGAUUUACACAAUCAAGUCAUCUGAAGGCACACAUGAGUAUUCACAGUGGAAUCAGGCCUUAUCAGUGCAUGGUGUGUGAUAAAACAUUUACACUUCAAGGGUCUCUGCAGACACACAUGAGGACUCACAGUGGAAUCAAGCCUUAUCAGUGCAUGGUGUGUGAGAAAACAUUUACAGUUCAAGGUACUCUGCAGAGACACAUGAGGAUUCACAGUGGAGACAAACCUUAUCAGUGUGUUCAAUGUGGGAAAGGAUUUGCAGAUUUAAGUACUCUAAGGAGACACAUGCUGAUUCACAGUGGAAUCAAGCCUCAUCAGUGCAUCGUGUGUGAGAAAACAUUUACCCAAUCAGGUCAACUGACGACACACAUGAGGAUUCACAGUGAAAUCAAGCAACAUCAGUGAUCUGUGUGUCUAUUUUGGAAUAUGGAUGCAUGAAAAUCUAGAUUGGGGAGGUAGACAUGGUAGAGGGAUAUGUGUAAUUAUGUACCAGUAUUAAGGAAAUACCAGCAUUGGUGUAAGUGUUUCGGCUGGAGGGUGGAGGUGGGCUGGUGUGGGGAGUGGAUGAUUAGAGGGAUGUGUAAUUAUGUACCAGUAUCAUGGAACUACCAGCAUUGGUGUAAGUGUUUCGGCUGGUGGGUGGUGGAGGGAUGGGGGUGAUGUGUAAAUAUGUACCAGUAUCAUGGAAAUACCAGCAUUGGUGUAAGUGCUUCGGCUGGAGGGUGGAGGUGGGCUGGUGUGGGGAGUGGAUGAUUAGGGGGAUGUGUAAUUACGUCUUAGGGUUGUUUCAGCAGCAUGUGUGUGAAUGCAUGAGUGAUAUGUGAUGACUGUGUGUGUGUGUGUGUGUGCGUGCGUGCGUGCGUGCGUGCGUGCGUGUGUGUUUGACUGUCCACCCACUGAAAUGUAACUGUAAAUGUCAUUGUAACUGCAUUUGAACAGCAAUGGACAUCUCAAUACUUUUAUUGACUUCUUGUUCUUGUAUUCAACUAUAAGACAAUAAACGGUAUUAUAAAGGGGAAA